UAUUUGUCUUAUCCGCGUAGAUUUCCACCUUCUCCAACUGCUUUGCCGCGUAAAGCGAAAACCUUCAAAACCUCCCCUAAAUUAUCAUUCCAGAAAGAAGAUUACUACAGCUUCCAUAGAUAGAGAUUAAGAGGAAGAAGGAGGAGGAGGAGCCGAUCAGAAUAGUUUCAUUUUCCCGAUCGAAUCGUUUGCACGAAGAGAAUCUGUUCGACCGCCAUGAGUUUCCUAUUCGGCAAGAAGAAAACUCCCGCAGAACUCUUGCGGGAGAACAAGCGGAUGCUUGAUAAAUCUAUUCGAGAAAUAGAUAGGGAGAGACAGGGUUUACAAGCACAAGAGAAGAAACUAAUUAUGGAGAUAAAGAAAAGUGCUAAACAAGGGCAGAUGGGAGCUGUUAAGGUGAUGGCAAAAGAUCUCAUUAGAACGAGGCAUCAAAUUGAAAAGUUUUAUAAGCUGAAAUCUCAACUUCAAGGUGUUUCCCUAAGAAUCCAGACACUGAAAUCAACUCAAGCAAUGGGGGAAGCGAUGAAAGGCGUUACAAAGGCAAUGGGCACAAUGAAUAGACAGAUGAAUUUGCCAGCGCUGCAGAGAAUAAUGCAAGAAUUUGAGAUGCAAAAUGAGAAGAUGGAAAUGGUAAGCGAGGUGAUGGGUGAAGCCAUUGAUGAUGCCCUGGAAGGAGACGAGGAAGAAGAAGAAACCGAAGAGCUGGUGAACCAGGUCCUUGAUGAGAUUGGAAUUAAUAUUAAUUCUGAGCUUGUCAAUGCACCUUCCUCUGCUAUAGCUGCUGCCCCAGCAACAAAGAACAAUGUGCCUCAAGCUGAGGCAACUGGAAAUGAAGAUACUGGCAUAGACAGUGAUCUACAGGCCAGGCUAGACAAUUUGAGAAGGAUGUAAGGUCACUUGUGGAGAAACAUCAUAUGCAGCCUUUGUAAAUCUUUAAUUGAAAGUCACAAUAUAGUUAGUUUGACACAGUUCUAGGAUU